AAGUAGUAUCGUUUAUAUAUACGUUUCACAUUCGGGAAGAAAAUCGCGCAUAGUAUAAUUCAAACCGAUCGAUUUUUGCAUAACGAUUUCAUCAAGUAACAAUAAUGUCGCUACCGAUCCUCCUCCUCUCGAUUCUGGCAUCCGCUAGAGCAACGUCGUACUUUUCAAUGGAUCAACUACCCAAUGUCCUGCCAAUAGACAAAAUACCAGCGAUCAAGGAAUUCAACGAUCCGCAAUUUUUGGCAACCGUACAUGCAGAUACAUCGCUUACCGCUCUAGAUCUAGUGAAAAAGUACGGCUACAAUGGAAAAAUGCACGAGGUGAUCACCUCUGAUGGUUACAUUUUGGAACUGCAUCAGAUAACAGGACGAACUAAUUUCAAUAACUCGCAAGUGCAAAAACCUGUGGCAUUCGUGAUGCACGGCCUUUUGUGCAGUUCGGCGUGUUUUAUUAUUUCCGGACCGGAGAAAGGUUUAGCUUUUGUUCUGGCGGAUGCAGGAUACGACGUGUGGCUCGGUAAUGCACGUGGCAAUGUAUAUUCACGCAAACAUAAACUCCCGGCUAUUCGAAAGGAACUUUACUGGGAUUUCAGCUGGCAUGAGAUUGGCGUGUAUGAUCUUCCAGCCAUGAUAGAUUAUAUCGUGAAGAUCACUGGUCGCGAAAAAAUAUUCUAUCUGGGGCAUAGCCAGGGUACCACUUCUUUCUUCGUCAUGUCGACGGAAUUGCCAGAGUAUCAGCACAAAAUCCAGGCUAUGUUCGCGUUGGCACCAAUCGCUUAUUGCAGCAGAUUAAAAAAUCCCAUUUUUCAAUUCCUGGCAAGAUUCUCCGAUCCAUUAGACAAACUGUUAAAAUUAAUCGGUAUAUACGAAUUCGCACCUACUGCGGAAAUCAUGAAACAGUUCCAGAAAAUGAUAUGCGCGGAAGAUGCUCUCACGCAACCCUUGUGCACUAAUUUGCUCUUCUUAAUCUCUGGAUUCGACAAAGAUCAGUUUAAUACUACUCUUCUACCAUUAAUCGUGGAACAUGCUCCGGCUGGUGCAGCCACGAAACAAAUAAUACAUUAUUUACAGCUUAUUAAAAGUGGAUCCAUUAUUACAUCGGGGAAAUUUAGACAGUACGACUACUCACUCAUCACUAAUUUAAUCAAAUAUGGUACGUUCCAUCCUCCGAAAUAUGACUUGAGAAAAAUCAAAGUGCCAGUUUCAUUGCAUUAUGGCGCCAACGAUUGGUUAGCACAUGUCGAUGAUGUUGACCAAUUAGAGAAAGAACUUGGCAAUCCAUUUGGAAAAUUCCUUGUUCCAUAUAAAAAGUUUAAUCAUUUGGAUUUCAUAUGGGCUAAGGAUGUUAAAGAACUUUUGUAUAACAAGAUAUUAAAUCUGAUGAAACAUUUCGAACAUUAAACUAAAGUUCAAUAAAUUUUUUGCAGAGGCGCCUGAGUCACCGCCAUAUUGAAUCGUGACGUCAGAAGCGAGAAAUAACAUGUUAAUUUUUAUUACUUGCCAUUUAUAAAUAAAGACAAUUUGGAUAAAACAAAAUGAUUGUUUUAAAACAUUUGUCAAAAUGAACGAAAACUAUGCUUA